UCAGCACUGACAUGUUUAAAAUAGUCACAUGACGGUGUGUCCCAAAACCGUUCGUAAUAACUUCAAGACGGACUAAGAUAAGGGAGUUUCUCGCUGGAUUUACCAGAAGAAAGGUGCCAUAUAAACGACCGCAAUGAACUGUUUACUGCUAGCCAUUACACUUUCAGUCACGUGGCACGUGGCAGCCGGUGAAUGCGAGGACACGUUACCACAGUGUCGAGAAAUUCUCACGAGUAACGUCACGUUGUGUCACGAUGACCCACAUUUUGCAAGCAGAUACUGCAAGCGUAGCUGCGGACUGUGCCCCAUCUCCUGCUAUCAUUGCAACUCCACAUCUCUGGAAGCUGCAAAACACUGCAACGAAACCCAGCUGUGUCGAUUGGGGGCUCAAUGCUUGACGAUGACAUUGCUUUCAUCGAAGGACGGUCACCACCAGUACGUCUUGACAUGCGCCAACCAACAUUCAUGCGAUGGUAAUGGAGUUCACAUACCGGGCUUAGUGGGUCGUAGUGCAGUGUCAUCGAAAAGGGACCUUCACGUGACUUGCUGCAAAGACGACCUUUGCAAUAGACCGGACUCGCUACGAGAUCCGCAAAUCAAUGCCACAGAGAUGACGCCGUUUAUCGUCGAACCGACACAUCUCACAACGAAGUUAACCACUCAUAUGACGUCACAAACAACCACACACUUGAUGACAACGUCUACAACCACUAAGCCUUCCACAUCUACUUCGACCACUAAAGCAACGACAUUAACGCCUAAGACCACAACCAUCGCCACGACGACAUCAACCAAGUCAACUUUUGUGACACAAACCACCACAAAACCCCUUCCGACAACAACAACAAUGGACCCCGUGUUUAUAUCGUUUUGCGAGUAUAAAGACACCAUCGAGUGCCCAAACGAUGGCACUUCUGUUUGCGGCACAAACAGAAUAAAAUACUCUAACCAGUGCGUGUUUGACAAAGCAAGAUGCGAUGACUUCGCCCUUCAUGGCGUCGUGUGUUGAGGACAUAAACGUGUUUUUUGUACACACCAACACAGAUCCAUUAAACAUAUACCUCGUG